AUGAUUGGUGACGCUUUCGUAUUCGACGCAGUUACUCAUCUCUAUAACAUGAACAGUGCCAAUGUCAGAGCUCCGGGAGGUUCGCUUUUCAAUAACCACCUCUACGGUUUUCACGCGGCUCUCACUCCUGAAGGCGAGAGGGUAUUGACCCAGGACGAAUUCCUCCGGGAUUGGGACAUCGAGACCAUCGCCAACCUGGUGUUCACCGAGACUGACACGGACAUCCUGGUGGCGCAGCCGCUGCCUUUGACUGAUUUCUUCUACGACGGGCUUUCAGACUGGCAGCGUUGUGCCGCCAUGGCGAAGCAAUAUCCCUCCAGGGUGGUUACUUGGGGUACAGUGAAUCCCUUGGAGGGAAAUAAGGCUCUGGACUUGAUGGAGCUUCAGGUUAAGGAGCAUGGAGUCAAGGCGUUCAAGUUCUACAACAUCCGCUAUGACUUCGGUGAGCCGUUUCCCUGGAGGAUGGAUGACCCGAGGGUAGCCUUCCCGGUGUACGAGAAGGCAAGGGAACUGGGCAUCAACCUGAUAGCCGUGCACAAGGGAGUGCCUCUGGGGCCGCAGCCCCUCGAGGGCACACAGGUGUACGACAUCGACCAGGCCGCGGCGAACUUCCCGGACCUCAACUUCAUCAUCUUCCAUCCCGGCCUGCCGUUCAUCGAAGAGAUAUGCUGGCAAAUAGUCCGGUUUCCCAAUAUCUAUGUGUCGCUGGCGGCAACGCUGAACUUCAUCGGCAAGGCCCCCCGGUGGUUCGCCGAAGUCUUGGGGAAGCUGUUGUUCUGGGGCGGCCCGGACAGGAUCAUAUCCGGCUCGGAGGUCCCUUUGUGGCACCCGCAAUGGGCGCUCAAGGCUUUCUCGGAGUUCCAGAUGCCCCAGGACCUGACCGACGGAUACGGCUAUCCCCAAGUCACUCCGGAGAUCAAGCGGAAGAUUCUGGGCGAGAAUCUCGCCAAGCUGCACGGCAUAGACAUCGAAGCCAAGAAGGCUGAAAUCGCCAACGACGAGUUCGCCCAGCGUCGGGCCAACGGCCUCGCCACAGCCUGGUCUUCCAGCUAA